GUUGUUUGUGGAAUCUUCUUCUGUAGAAAUGUCGGGACGAGGGAAAGGAGGAAAGGGGUUAGGGAAGGGAGGUGCGAAAAGGCACAGGAAGGUGCUGCGAGAUAAUAUCCAGGGCAUCACCAAACCAGCCAUUCGGCGGCUUGCAAGGCGAGGAGGCGUGAAGCGUAUCAGCGGUCUCAUCUACGAAGAGACGCGAGGUGUUCUGAAGAUCUUCCUUGAGAAUGUUAUUAGAGAUGCCGUGACCUAUACAGAGCAUGCUCGCAGGAAGACCGUCACAGCCAUGGACGUUGUUUAUGCCUUGAAGAGGCAAGGCAGAACUCUUUACGGUUUCGGCGGCUAAGCUUUAAUUGUCCGCUGAUCUAAUAAUCUGGUGUCUUUAGACACCACCAUCUGUUUCUUGGAAAUUUUGAAACCCUAUUGAAGUAGUAUCGGAACGUUUGUUUAGUAAAAUUUUUCCCUGUAUUUGUUAAUGUUACUCUUCCAAGAGUGGAUCAGUUCCAUGGCAUUCAGUUUA